GACAACGAACAAGACCUUAGACAGACGAUCAACACUGCUAGCUUCAUCUAUUUGAUUGUCGUUUAUAGCGCCGAUUCGGGAACCAACUUCACGUAGUGGCAGUCGUAUUUCCACGACGAAGUGGUCAACUGACAGAUUCGAAGGAAAGUUUUAACCGUAAAGUUUUUCAACAUCCGUUUGAUACGCUUGAAGUGUCCUCUCCUCUAACCGACGGUUUAUCAAAUAAUUUCCUUCGAGAAUGGCUCCAACAGGUGAAACCCCUGAAUAUGAUUUGGUGGUUAUCGGUGGUGGAUCAGGUGGUUUGGCAGCAGCCAAAGAAGCUUCAAAUUUGGGUGCUAAAGUAGCCGUCUUGGAUUACGUCACUCCUUCACCGAGGGGUACGAAAUGGGGUCUUGGAGGUACAUGCGUGAAUGUGGGCUGCAUACCCAAGAAGCUGAUGCACCAGGCUGCACUCUUGGGAGAGGCUAUAGAAGACGCCAAGAGUUAUGGUUGGAAAUUCCCUGAUGCAGAAAACAUUGCACACGAUUGGGAGACUUUGAGGACGGCUGUACAGAAUCACAUCAAAUCUGUCAACUGGGUCACCAGAGUAGAAUUGAGGGACAAAAAAGUGGAGUACAUCAACGGACUGGGAACGUUCAAGGACCUCCACACCGUUCACACCGUAACGCCCAAAGGGGAGAGGACUUUGACGGCGAAAUACUUCCUGAUCGCGGUCGGAGGCAGGCCCAGGUACCCCAACGUGCCUGGGGCUCAGGAGUACGGAAUAAGCAGCGACGACAUCUUCAGUCUGGACAAGGCCCCCGGCAAAACCAUGAUCGUGGGAGCCGGUUACAUAGGCUUGGAGUGCGCUGGAUUCUUGAAGGGACUGGGCUACGAUGCCACUGUGAUGGUGAGGUCUGUGCCUUUGAGGGGUUUCGAUCAGCAGAUGGCCCAGACGGUGGCCGCCGCGAUGCAAGACAAGGGGGUCAACUUCUUGAAUAGAUGUAACAUAACAGCAGUGGAGAAACAGGCCGACGGUAAACUGUUGGUCAGGUGGAUAAACGACAAGAAAGAAGAAUUCUCAGAUACCUACGACACCGUUCUGUUCGCGAUGGGAAGGAGGGCCUUGACCAGGGACCUUCAUCUGGACAAGCUGGGCAUCCCGCUCCACGGAGAGAGCGACAAAAUCGAUGCUGUGAACGAGCAGACCAACGUACCUCACAUAUACGCAGUCGGUGAUGUGCUCUUGGACAAACCUGAACUGACCCCUGUGGCUAUCCACGCUGGACGUUUGCUAGCCAGGAGGUUGUUCGCAGGUGGCCAGCAACAAAUGGAUUACGAUAAUGUUGCCACAACCGUUUUCACCCCAAUGGAGUAUGGCGCUGUAGGUCUCAGCGAAGAAAAGGCUAAUGAAACGCACGGCGAAGAUAACAUAGAAAUCUACCACGCUUUCUACAAACCAACCGAGUUCUUCAUUCCUCAGAAAAACAUCGCUCAUUGCUAUAUAAAGGUUGUCGCCAAGAGGGAAGCUCCGCAACAGGUCUUGGGGAUGCAUUUCGUGGGACCACAGGCUGGAGAGGUCAUCCAAGGAUUUGCCGCUGCGAUUAAAUGUAAUUUGACCAUGGACGCCCUGAUGAACACUGUGGGUAUUCACCCAACAGUUGCGGAGGAAUUCACAAGAAUAAACAUAACCAAGAGAUCAGGAAAGGACCCCAACCCAGCGUCUUGCUGCAGUUAAGUUAAACUCGAGCUAGAAGAGAUUGGUCUACCAUCUUUUACGUUAAGAAGUAUUUGGAUUAUGCACGCCCACUAAAACACUCAUCUAUUUUAUUUAUUGCGUUUUAAAUAGAAUAAACUUACACGUAAUUGAGAUUCGGCAUGAUAUUACAUUGAACUUGUUGCUUUAAGUGUACAAAAUAAAAAUGAAUGUAUGUAAUUCCGUAAAAGUCACUUCCGGUUUUAAUUAGAAGGAUUGUGAUUUGUUUACAUUCGUUAGCAAGAUAUGUUGUAUUGAGAAUCAUUAAAGUAUUUUUAGAGAAA